GCCAUAUCAAUUCUCAUCAGCUUAAUGAUCGAUGGUUCACCGCAUUUGCGCCAUAAGUAUUUGUCGACCGGACAUAAGGCAAGCCGAAAGCAGUUGUCUUUCCUGUCCUUUUAGUUUUCUCCACCUCAGUAGUUCUGCUGACAACACUCCGAGUCGGUCAGCACAAUCAUUGAACAUUUAACACUAUGUCCCCUGCUAGCGAGACAGGCACACCGUCUACUCCGCAACGCGCCAAUGCAUCAGGUCAAUGUGAUAGCAAAAUAGAAUCUACCCCAAACAGCCAUGGGACUUCCGUCGUCAGCGAGAACAUCAGCUUGGUGGAUGUUCAGGUUAAGGAGGUCCAGCCAUGGAUUCAGCGGGACAUCAAGCAGGCCAAGCAAUGCAAGGCAGAUGCCAUGCUGCAAGUUCUCCUACAGCGCGCGUCUUGCGCGCCGGAGAUGAAACAGCCCGAGCUCCUGCAAACUUUGUGCCUGAAGGGAGUUCUUCCGGUUUGCAAUGGACAGGUCUCGGAUGGGAUGGUAGCCAAGAUCUUUUGGGGAGAGGCUGGUCGCACUAGCGAGCCAAAAAUCCUGGACAAGGUUGAAGAGAUCGCUAAGGUGCACCAGACUGUCGAAGGGCAUAUUCCUGAGCUGCUCUGGCAUCAUGCGUUCACGAAUCCCACGUCCGCUAUCCGAGAAGCCCUCGGCGUUCCGGAACCCAGCAUGGGCAGUCGCGUGCUUUACAUUCUUGUGUUCCGCAAGCUCCACCCCAUCACGAAGCUUCACGGCAAAGAGAUUUUCGACGCGUGGAAAAAUGGCAAACUGAUUGGUGUCUUAAACGACUAUGAUCUAUCUUCGUUGGCGGAUGACCUGGGUCCUCGGGGCAACGAGCGUACGGGCACGGUACCGUCCAUGGCGCUCGAUCUUCUCACCGAAAAGGCUCAACGAGGCGAAGUUAAACACAUAUAUCGCCAUGAUCUCGAGUCAUUUAUAUGGGUUUUUACCUGGAUUUUCUUGCGUUACAGGCAGGGAGUCCUCCUACCACGGAGAUUGCGCCUCUUCGAUGAGUGGGCGACUUUAGGCGCUAUUUCAUGUGGCAAGAAGAAGUUAGCCUUUCUGGCAAAUGCUGAGUAUCAACCCGUCUUCGAAACUUCUGAAUCGGACGUAGAUUGGUUUAUAUGGGAUCUCCUUGUGGAAUGUUUUGAGGCGCUCGAUGCAGCCGCCUACAAUCGCCGUAGUCACGUUCGCCGUAUUCACCGUGUUCAGCAGCGAUCGAUGGAAGGAGCAGGCGAGCAGACAAACGCCAAGGAAACAAUAUCAGAUAUGGAUGAUUUGCUAGGCAAAUUCACAGGUACCAUGGCCUGGGCCAGGCUUAGCAACACUUCACCUAUAUAG